AUCAAGCGCGCGCACAUCCACACGGCGCGGAGGAAGAGGAGGAGGGAGGAAGGAGGCAGCGGACGCCAGAGAUUUAUGCCCUCCCGUCAGCAAGAGCCCUGGAAACGCUUUCGCGCUUCACUUUUGCACUUCGAUUUUGCAAAACCGGCUGUGUGUUGUAUUCUUGAGGAGGAGUCGCAUUUCGCUCGAGUGGUAAAACACCAGCGGCACGCGCGCGCGCGCGCACGCACGCUCACACACACACACACACAUACACAGAGAGAGAGAGAGAGAGAGAGGCUUCUGCCGAGGACGGCUCGCGUCUUCUUCCUCCUGCUCCUGUCUGACUGUCCGGUUUGGCUACAGGAUCUUAGAAGUGUCCUUUUCCUCGUUUCCGGUUCUGGCGUGGAUAAAGUGACAGAAGCGAGCGUAGUGGAAGGCUCUGUGUGUGCCGCGCGCUCUAAACAUGCCAAGGUCUUUCCUGGUGAAGAAGGUGAAGCUGGAUGAUUUCUCAUGCGCGGAGCUGGAGAGCGCCUAUGGCAGGUCAAGAUCUGACCUGAACCUGCGGAUCCACGACAAAGGUUACAUUAGGGACUACAUUACCCCAGCGGUGUAUGAUGCAGAGACUGAUGGCGCCGUUAAGGUUCCCUCUCCGGAGCCUCUGUAUGAUGGCGCUCACAGUGAUUACCAGGCGGACAGCCCGCGCUCGGACACCACGGGCGGCUCGAUCAACGGCGACGCAGCAGUGAGUGGCGGCUACACGGCGCACGCCUUCUUCAUCACGGAUGGCCGCUCACGGCGCAGGGCGGCCGGAGGAGCGCGCAGUCCGCCUCGCCACACGUGCACUGAGUGCGGCAAGUCGUACGCCACGUCAUCAAACCUGAGUCGCCACAAGCAGACGCACCGCAGCCUGGACAGCAAGAUGGCAAAGAAGUGCCCGACCUGCGGCAAGGUGUAUGUGUCCAUGCCGGCCAUGGCCAUGCACGUCCUCACGCACGACCUGCGGCACAAGUGCGAUGUUUGCGGCAAAGCGUUCAGCCGCCCGUGGCUGCUGCAGGGCCACAUGCGUUCUCACACGGGAGAGAAGCCUUUCGGCUGCGCGCACUGCGGGAAGGCGUUCGCCGACCGCUCCAACCUGCGCGCGCACAUGCAGACGCACUCGGCCUUCAAACACUUCAAGUGCGCGCGCUGCAGCAAGACGUUCGCGCUCAAGUCGUACCUGAACAAACACUACGAGUCGGCGUGCUUCAAGGGCGCACUCUCGCCGCUCCAAGCGUGAUUUCGGCGGGCAAAGCCUCGGCUCUUCUAGACGCUUUUGACCCUAAAGGAAUACUGAGGCUUCGCAUGCUGUUCAGAGUACAGUGCUGACAGUGCAGCGAGGAAGAGUUCCUACACACUGAAGGUUUGAGUGACACAAUGCUGUUCAAUAACUUUUUUCAUAUCACUUGAUAUUAUUAUACUGCUGCAAGUGACCCCGCCAUGGAUGGAUUGAAAGCUAAAUAGAUUGAUUGAAUGAUUGAUUGUUUGACUGAUCGGUUGAUUGAUUAUUUAUUUAUUUAUUUAUUUAUUUAUUUAUUUAUUUUUAUAUUCGAUUUCUGUUUUCUUUCUAUGAAAGGCACAGUGUUUACUUUUCAUCAUAUGUUUUGCACUUUCAUUUGCUUAUUUGCCAGUUUUAUUAACAUGCCAAAGCAUUUAAAUCAGUCACAAUUUGAUUUUCAAAUUCUUUGAUUUCAUAUGCCUAUGUAAUGCAUGCAAAAAAUGAAUCUAUGCCAAUAUCAUAAAACUUAAGCUUAUCAUUUUGCCAAAACCUAGGUAGUAUCAAUGGGCAAUAUUUUGGGAUUCUCGUAAGGAUAUAUACAGCAAUAAUCAUGUAAUGCAUGGUAUUUUUGAACUGUUGCCUAUAGCAGCUUUUUCUAAAAAAAAAAUCAGGUAUGUUUUGAUCUCUUAAUAAUCAAACACAAAAAAAAUACAACAUCAGGGAAAAUGCCAGUGUAGUGUUAGAGAGUCGACAAGACUUAAAAAGAAAAGUAUAAAUCAAUUUCCUUUGCUCUGCUGUUAUGCACUGCCUGCCUCUAAUUUAAACGUAGUUUUAGGAUGUAGGCUUGAAGUGCUGUUACUCUGCUCUAAGCAGUUCAGUAUCAUUCUCCAAAUCUCUGGAACACCCAGUUUGGGGGGGAGGAGGCUCUUCCACAGUUAACUCAAAAGAAUGAGGAAGAUUGCCAGUAGCAGGGAAGAUGAAGCUUUGCACAGCUGGUCUGUAAUCCACUUCCACUGCAGUUCAGGCUUUGAUUACUUUAAGAUUCCUGCAUUUCUCCAGUCUAGGUGUCCCUCAGAUUUCUGCUGAAAGCACUUCCUAUUCUUAAAAGUAGCACAAAACCCUAGAUUCAGGUAGAUAAUUACUAUACUAGUUUGACCUUAGUUUUUGUAUCAUAAAUGAAGAAUAUCUGAGAUGCUCAGUUUAAGAGGUGAUGUAGCCUAAGUGUAAAUAAUUAUUUGAAGAGGAAAAAAAAAACUUUUUACAACUGAUUAAUCUGAUGACUCCUGAUCAGGGGAACUCUGAAUGAAAUAGGUCUAACAUGUACUGCGAUUUUUGAGCCAGUCUUCAACUGUUGUAAAAGCACAAGGCACCAGGAAUUUUGUGGCACUUCAUAAUAAAGAUAAAGUAAACAGUCCUAGUCUGUUCCUUGUUUCUUCAUGAUUAUUGCCAUUGCUGUGAAAUUAAUCUAUUAAGUAGGGCAUUUAAUCCUGAUGAAUGCGAUUUGAUGCACACAUGCUGAUAAAGCAAAUGGUAUUGGGAUGCGCAUAAACAACACUGUAAAACUGUAGUCCCCCACACUGGCAACAGAUGGUACAGUAAAUACUAUCACUUUUAUACCAAAAAGCUAUUAUUCAAUUUACUUCAUGCAUAUGUGAGGGCAUAAUCUAUUAAAUAUUCAAACUUUUUGAAUCCUAAAAGUUGUAUAUGUGUUUGAAGUACAUAGCAAGUCUUCAUUGAGAUCCAAAUAUGUUUUAAGAUUGAUUUAAGUGCUUGUUAGAUUACAAGAUGAGAUUGCGUUAAGAUUGCAGAACUACUUACUUUAUUAGAUUACUGUUAUAAAGUCUAUGCUGAGUUAAAUAAUUGUAUUUAAUCACCAAGAGACCUCUGCUGCAAGUCGUGUGUGUAGUCCCUAGAAUGUUUGGCAGAAAUUCACAAAAAAUAGAAAAAGCUUUACUCUAAUUUACUGUGUACAAUGUUAACAAAGAUUUCUGACUCCAAUAUGUCCAUAGCAAAGGAAGUCCAUUGCUUACAGACUUUCGACAAAUUGGGUGUGUGAUCGGUUUUACCUUUCAGUCGCUGCACUCACGCUGAAUUUUUCUCACCCACUCAGCUCUCAUAGAGCAGGAAAAAACCCAAACUCUCUCUUAGGUUAAUCUAGCUUGAGCAAACGAGGCCACGGGUGUCAUCAAUUUGUGGAGAAUCAUUAUCCAAGUGUUGGGAGAGUCUGCACUUGAGUCUCUAGAGCGCUGGGUAAUUGCACUAGCAGGGUGGAAUCAGCAGGAGCCAUUAUUUAACAGCAGACAGCUGUGACAGGAGCUGCACACGUUGAUCUGUUUGCUUUUACAUUCCUGUCGCUCCGCUUUACAAUCACAGGGUUCCAAUGGCAGAUCCAGGGCCCAGUGUGGACCUCACUCACACUCCAAGCUGAUGGAAAGCUGGAGACUGACAAAAGAGCCCCAGAACAGCCAAAUGAAAUAUAUUUGAAUUGUGUUCUCUUUUUAUGCCAUUUACAGAUUUGUAAACUCUUCUUAAUAGGGCUGUGUGGUUCUCAUAAUAACAUUUUAUUAACUACUCACAGAAUCCACAGAGCCACAAUUAAAUGAAAGAACUUUAUUUACUAUACUAUUUUACCCAUAUGAAUAUAACAUGUCUGCAAGAUACACCAAUCAGCCAUAACAUUAAAACCACUGACAGGUGAAGUGAAUAACAUUGAUUAUCUAGUUACAACAGCACCUGUCAAGGGGUGGGAUAUAUUAGUCAGCAAAUAAACAGUCAGUUCUCGAAGUUGAUGUGUUGGAGGCAGGAAAAAUGGGCAAGCGUAAGGAUCUGAGCAACUUUCACAAAGGCCAAAUUUUGAUGGCUAGACAACUGGGUCAGAGCAUCUCCAAACCGCCAGAUUUUGUGGGGUGUGCACUAUGGGAAAUAGGCAAGCCGGUGGAGGCAGUGUGAUGUUCUGGGCAAUGCUCUGCUGGGAAACCUUGGGUCCUGUCAUUCAUGUGGAUGUUAUUUUGACACAUACCACCUACCUAAACAUUGUUGCAGACCAAGUACAUCCCUUCAUGGCAACAGUAUUCCCUAAUGGCAGUGCCCUAUUUCAGCAGGAUAACGCGUCCUGCCACACUGCAAAAAUUGUUCAGGAGUGGUUUGACGAACAUGACAAAGAGUACAAGGUGUUGACUUGGCCUCGAAAUUCCCCAGAUCUCAAUCUGAUCGAGCAUCUGUGGGAUGUGCUAGGUCCGAUCCAUGAAGGCCCCACCUUGCAACUUACAGGACUUAAAGGAUCUGCUGCUAAUAUCUUAUUGCCAGAAACCACAGCACACCUUCAGAGGUCUUGUGGAGUCCAAGCCUCGAUGGGUCAGAGCUGUUUUGGCAGCACAAGGGAGA